AUGGCGGAAACUAGUGCAGAUGGUGUGAAUGGACCUUUGCCGGGGAGAUGUGGAUACUUUGUGGAGAGAAAGAAGCGUUACUGCAAAAUGAUUGUUGCAGAACGGAAAACAUUCUGCGGAGAACACGCAAACGCAGACAAAAAUGCAAAAGAAGAUGAUGUAAAAAGAAUACCAUGUCCUUUGGAUCCCAAACACACAGUGUUUGAAAAUAAACUUGAAAAGCAUCUUAAAAAGUGCAACUCGAGGGAGAAGCCUAAACCUGUGUAUUAUGUUAAAGAUAUCAAUGCGGGGCUAGAAGAAGACCCACACACCAGUAAAGAACAGAUUACACUGUCCUCUCACUCUAAGGAAGAACUGGGUGCAUUCAUUAAAAAGCUGAAACAUGCAGCAGCUGGAUUGAAUCAUAAGCAUGAACAAAAAAUACUGUCACAUUCUGCUUUACAAGAAACCUUAAACGAUCCAAAGAAUGGGGAUUUUGCCUUCAAACAUCUGAAACAACAGGCAUCCCUUCUUGGUAACAUGGAAGCAUUGGGCUUGCUGGGUCCCGACAGGUGUUUUGUGGAGUUUGGUGCAGGAAGAGGAAAGCUCUCGCACUGGGUAGACAUUGCCUUGCAAGGAUCAAGAAACAUCCAUUUCCUACUGGUGGAAAGAGCAACCACUCGCUUUAAGGUAGAUGGUAAACAUAAAAGUAGCCAGUCUGUGUUUGAAAGGCUGCACGUUGACAUUCAGCACUUGUGUUUAAGCAAAGUUCCCCUCCUGAUUAAAGAGAAAAUGCCUGUAGUGGGAAUUGGCAAACAUCUGUGUGGAGCCGCUACAGAUCUUGCUUUGAGAUGCUUGUUAGACAGAUCAAGCGAAGAGGUUACAGACAGAGAGCCACCACGGAAACGCUUGAAGUCGGAUCCAGCUCACACAGAGACUGGUGUAGAUGAGGGCCAGCCUGCCAGUGAAACCGUGGCAGAGAAGAGGCUGAAGGUGGCUGGAAUCUCCAUAGCGCUGUGCUGUCAUCACAGGUGUGACUGGAAGCACUAUGUCGGGAGGGAGUUUUUCAGGUCUCUAGGGCUUGGGCCACAAGAGUUCGGCGUCUUUCAGCGCAUGUCGAGCUGGGCUACCUGUGGCAUGAGAAAACCAGCCAGUGAUGCAGCGAUGCCAGAGGGUAGCAACGACGAGCAAGAAGAGGAUUUUGAGGAACACGACCAAGAUGGGGAUACUUUACCAGACAAUUUAGAAGGGAUGCCUGCUGUUGAAGAGCGGGAGACGGUAGGCCGUCUGUGCAAGCUGUUGAUAGAUCAAGGCAGGAUUUAUUACUUGCAACAGAAAGGAUACGCAGCCACUUUACAGUAUUACACCAGCCCUUCGAUAUCCUUGGAGAACGUUCUUCUUACAGCUGUACCAGCCAAAGGCUGAUG